AUGCAUUUAAAAAGGUCAUUAUAUGAUAUAAAUCAUUAUUUUUCAAACCCUAACCCAGAUUUACGAAAGAGCAUUUCACCAAUCGUUGAUAAAAAAGUUUUAUUGUUUAAUGGAUUUAGAAUACUAUUUAGUGAUGUUUACCCUUUAUUCGAAAUCAAAAAUGUUGAUGAACAUAUAAAAAAACUUAUUGCCCGUGAAUAUGAAGUUGAUGAAGCUGAUGAAGCAGAUGAUGAAGUUGAUGAUGAAGAUGAUGAUGAAUAUGAGGAAUCAGAUGAUGAAGAUGAGGAAUCAGAUGAUGAAGUUGAUGAUGAAGAUGAUAUAUCAGAUGAUUAUGAAGAAAAUUAUCCACCAAUCACAGAACAAAUAGACGAAUUGGAAGAGGAGAUAGCUAGUGGACAAGGUAUAACGUUUUUAUCCGAUAACAACGAAGAAUUGCUUAAUAGAUUACUAGUAAUAUUAGCGGCAAUGAAAGAAGGUCAUCGAUCGCACAGACAAUAUAAUGAAGUGAAUUGUAUAUUAAAAAGAAUCCUAUCAUAG